AUGGCCCCCCUGGCGCAGACCCUGGCACUGCUGGCAAUGACCGUGGCCACCACAGCUGUUGAGGUGGUAACCCUGGACAUGUCCCAGGACUCCUUCGAUGACCAGUACCGGGAGUGUGGUCCUGUCAUGACUGAGGCGUUGUCAGCCCUCAACCGUUCCGACUUUGAUCAGAACCCUCUCUUUGCCCAGGCCUGGCCUAGGGCCAGAGCCAAGUGGCAGAGUCUGGGGUCCCCUGUGUCCCCUCUGUCGUCCCCAGCCCAGGCCAUCGCCCUCAUGGCCUACACAAUGAAUGAUCUGUACAAGAAAUUCAAUGCAGCCGUGCGUGUGGCCGGGCGCUCCCGCCAGGAAUACCAGGACAAGUUCCACUUCAAAACACUGCAUUUCCUGCUGACCCAGGCCCUGGUGACGCUGAGGCAGGCUCAGAACAGGCAGUGUCACCACGUGUACCGGGGGAAGCGCACGCACAGGUUCAAGGCAAAGCCCGGUGACAUCAUCCGGUUUGGUCAAUUCUCUUCGGCAUCACAGAGCGAAAAAGCUGCCAAGGACUUUGGGAGUGCCACAAUGUUCCAGGUGUACACGUGCCACGGUGCAGCAAUCUGGAAUUUCUCCAAGUAUCCUAAUGAGAAGGAGGUGCUGAUCCCACCAUAUGAGACCUUUGAGGUCAUCAAAGUCAGCCAGGAAGGAGAAAAAGUGAGGAUCCAGCUCCGCUCCAAUGGGACCUUCAGCAAAUACAACUGCGAGUGGCUCCAAAUGCAGUGCUGUGGGGAUGGGCCUUGUGUGCUGGAUGCAGGUGGAAGCAUCCCCAGGGCCCCUUUCCAUGUCAGCGGACUCCUCCUGGCCACCACAGCUCUUGCAGUGGCAACAGGGAUCCUCUGAGCCAUGAGGCCACAAAGGUCACUGUCUUCACUGUGGUCACUGUGGCCACCACGAUCACCAAAACCUCCAGGACCCUCAGAGAAACAAGACCACCAACGCUACCAUGGCCACCACUGCCACUCUGGCCACUGUCGCAGACAUUUUUUCAUAGAAAUCCUUUCUUUGGGAUUUGUGCAUCUUCUGGGAAGCAGAGCCCCAGAAGAAGGAUGUAAAUAAUUGUUAUCGGCUGCUGUGAAAUGUAGCAGGUGCCCCUGUGAUUGGAUCAGAUUCUGUGUUUACAAUUGGGGCCCAAUCACAGGACCAAGCUCGGGGACAGAUUCCCUGGAUACAGAACUUUGUUAUUCAUUCUUGCUAUUCUAUUCUUAGCUUAGCAAGCCUCUGCAACUUCUCUCCUUAUUCUUUUUAGUAUAGUUAUAAUGUAUUAUAUAUCAUAUA